AUGGACUCUAUCGUUGCUCAAAUUCACGCCUUGGCCGAGACUUCUGACGAAGUCGGUCGGCUGGAAAUCCAAAAAGGUCUUCGCGAUGUCCAGAUGGAGAUUCAAAGUCCUAAAGAUCUUCUAAUGAGCCUUGCAAACUCGCAACUCCUUAUUGCAACCAUUCGCAUGGGGGCAGAUCUGAAGUUGUUCCGCAACAUCGCUGCCCACAAGGGCUCAAUGACAACUGUUCAGCUGGCUGAUAUCACCGGUUCAUCUCCUCAACUGCUGGGAAGACUGCUUCGAUAUCUGAGCUCGAACGGCAUGAUCAGGGAGACUGGUCUUCAUGAAUACCAGGCGAACACCAACACUCAUAUUCUUGCUGAUGAUAAGGGAGAGGCUAUGGUAUAUCACGGAUUUGAUACCCAUGGACCGAUCGUCAGCGCGAUGCCUGACUUCUUUAAACAAAACAAUUAUCGAGACAUUGAUAGCGUCACAGACACUCCAUUCCAGAAAGCUCACAACACCAAACUCAGACCAUUUGACUGGUUUGUCCAGAACCCAAAGCAUUUCGAGACGUUGCAGAAGGUCAUGACUUCGCUUGCAGGUGCAGAAUGGACAGUCGGGUUUGAUCUCCUGGAUAUGGAGGCAAAGAAGGUCCCUUCAACGCCCCCUCGACCUUCUGAAAAGCCCUUUUUUGUGGAUGUAGGGGGCGGCCAUGGGCACCAGAGUAUCCAGCUGGGCAAAAGAUACACCAAUCUCCUGGGGCGCCUUGUCCUACAGGAUCUUCCGGCGGUCAUCAACCAGCUCCCUCCUAUUGAAGGCGUCCAAACCGAAGCCUAUGACUUCUUCGAAAAACAAUCCAUUAUCGGUGCCAAGUUUUACUACCUGCGACGGAUCAUUCAUGAUUGGCCCGAUGAAGAGUGUACGAAAAUUCUUCGAAAUGUUGCGGAUGCAAUGGAUCCAACCUCCCGCCUGCUUAUCGAUGAAGUCGUUUUGCCGGACACCGGCGCUCACUGGCAGGCCACAAUGGCCGAUAUUUCCAUGAUGAUCGGACUUGGUGGAAAGGAGCGGACAAGUGAGCAGUGGCAUUCACUGGCUGGCUCUGCAGGCUUGCGGGUUGAACAGAUCCACCUCUACACUGCCUCCACAUAUACCUCUAUCAUUGUUUUGGCCCUGAAAUAG